AUGGUUGUUUGGGUCGAUUGGGGGGGGGAGGGAGAAGGGGUGAUUGGAAGUAGGGAAAGACGGAGGGGGCAGGCGGCGGAAAUUUAUAAACAUCAAACAUACGUUUUAUUGAUCCAAUCAAGAAGUGCUGCGCAAUACUACUACUUAGUGAAACGUUUGACACAGUCGGAUGCUCUUCACGUUUCUAUUGAGGAGGUGAUCAAUGGAGAAGUUAAGCAGGAAAUACAUUCUACCGCCCCUCCACUGCAAUCAGAAAAUACAAUCAGUAACGCAAAGCAUCAUAAUUUGUAUGAUGCUUUGGAUACACUCAAAAACAUACCUGGCUUUACUCCUACAUCCGCUGGCCAUAUGAUGAUCAAACAGGAGAACAACUACCUCUCAUCACAGAGCCAGAAUCCACAACCCACGCCGACAACAUACAAUGCUUCACAAUCUUCUCCACAUACCAAACUCGAUGCUGUUCAAUUCAAUGAGAAUGAUUUUAGCGAUGAUGACAAUAUUGACUUGGAUACCAAUUACGAUUUGCCAAUGUCUCAAUCCUCCUUCACCAAUUCUCAACCACGUGCACAAUCUCAUCCUAGUAAAUUACCACCAUCAUCCUUAAAGACCCAUACACCAGGCAAUCUUAAAGUCCAAAUCAAGUCGGAAAGGAGAAUGUUAGAUAGUCCUUUCGAUUCUUCCUUGCCAGAUUUCAGCACUUCCCAAGCGACACCUCAACCACUCACUUCAGCCUCAUCAUCGUCUACAAACAUCAAAACAGGACGACCUUCAAAGUCUUCAGCCAAUUCUCCCUAUCUAUCGUAUUAUCAGAUGGAGCAGAUGUAUUAUACAAGCGGCCAAGAUCCCCAGACUGACCAAGAAAAGCUUGCACGCAGGCAGUGGUUGGCAAAGUUGGGUAUCGACAUUAGCCCAUUCAAUUUUGUUUAUGUUGGUCCACUGCAAAGAGACAAGUUUGAAGUCCACUGGGCUUUAAAGUCUCCUGAAAUUCGUCGAGAUAUUGAGAAGAAAGCAAUUCGAUUGAAACAGCCAUAUUCAAAAGCGUGA